AUGGGUGUUCCCAAGUUCUUCAGAUGGCUCUCGGAGCGGUACCCCUCCAUCUCCCAGCUCAUAGCAGAGAAUCGAAUCCCCGAGUUCGACUGCCUCUACCUCGACAUGAACGGAAUCAUCCAUAACUGCACCCACAAGGACUCGGGCGAUACCCAGUUCCGCCUGAGCGAGGAUGAGAUGUUUAUUCGCAUCUUCAAUUACAUUGAACACUUGUUUGGCAAAAUCAAACCGAAGCAGCUCUUCUUCAUGGCUGUGGAUGGUGUUGCGCCACGCGCAAAGAUGAACCAGCAGCGUGCGCGGCGUUUCAGGACCGCGCUGGACGCUGAGCAGGCGAGAGACAAGGCGGUCCGAGAGGGCAAAGAACUGCCCAAGGAGGAACCAUUCGACAGCAACUGCAUCACGCCGGGAACUGAGUUCAUGGCCAAGCUGUCGCUGCAGCUCAGAUACUUCAUCAACAAGAAGGUUUCCGAGGACAAGGAAUGGCAAGGCUGUGAAAUUGUGCUUUCCGGCCACGAGGUCCCCGGCGAGGGUGAACACAAGAUCAUGGAGUACAUUCGCAACGCAAGAGCGCAGCCGGACUACCACCCAAACAUGCGGCAUUGUUUAUACGGCCUCGAUGCCGACCUGAUCAUGCUGGGUCUGCUCAGCCAUGACCCUCACUUCUGCCUCCUCCGUGAGGAGGUCACCUUCGGCCGCCAGUCCAAGGUGCAGUCGAAGGAGUUGGAGCAUCAGAACUUCUAUCUUAUGCAUCUGUGCAUUGUCAGAGAAUAUCUUGAGUUGGAAUUUCAAGACUUCAAACAGGACGGCGCGAAUAAGCUGGGCUUUCCAUUCGACAUGGAGCGAGUAAUCGACGAUUUCAUUCUCAUGGCGUUCUUUGUUGGCAACGAUUUCUUGCCCAAUCUGCCGCGGAUACACAUCAACGAGGGCGCUUUGUCGAUGAUGUUCAGAAUUUACAAGUCCGUCUUGCCGAAAUGCGACGGCUACAUCAACGAGGGCGGUGCUAUGAACUUGAAGCGUUUGGGCAUCUUCCUUGAAGAGCUCAGCAAGGAGGAGUACCGUUUCUUUGAGCACGAGGUCGAGAGCUCUAAGUGGUUUCAGGCCAAGCGAAAGAUCGGGAACGGGGAUGCAGCGCCCAAGCCGAAGGGCAAACUCGUCGUCACAUCAGAGCAAAAGAAGCUGUGGAGGGAACAAAUCAAGCCAUUCCUUACUAAGAGGGCUUCUGAGACACUGGAUCUUGGCAUCAGCCUGAAGGCCGCUGAUCGCAAGUUCGUCCAAGAAUUUGCCGAUAGCGCUCGUAUUAAUUGGAAGACAAAGGAAGACGACGAUGGGCACCGGCAUCUGGUGCUGACCUUCCCCGAGAGUCCUGAAAUGGGCGACGGUGAUGGCGCCGACGAUUUCGAAGAAGAAUCCCAACUCGCUAUUAAUCGUAUUGUCAAAAAGUACGACAACGCUGAGGUCCAGGACGUGACGGCAGAAGAAGCUCAGGCUCAGUAUGAUGUUCUGUACGAACAGAAGUUCCAAGAGUGGAAGGACAAGUACUAUGAAGAGAAAUUCCCUGAGUGGGCAGGAAACAAGGAAGUUGAGCUGAGAAAGCUCGCCGAGAAUUACGUGCAGGGACUGCAAUGGGUGUUAUUCUACUACUAUCGCGGCAUCUGCUCAUGGCCCUGGUUCUACCAGUACCAUUACUCCCCGUUGAUCUCGGACGUUAUCAAGGGGUUGAAUGCCGACAUGAACUUCAGGCUGGGCCAGCCUUUCCGGCCGUUUGAGCAGCUGAUGGGCGUGCUUCCCGACCGAAGCAAAAAGAUCGUACCCAACAUCUACUGGGAUCUCAUGACGAACCCCAACUCACCUAUAGUCGACUUUUACCCCAGAGACUUUGAACUGGACAUGAAUGGCAAGAAGCAGGACUGGGAGGCUGUGAUCAAGAUUCCCUUCAUCGACGAGAAGCGGCUGCUCGACGCAAUGGCGACCAAGAACGACUUGCUAUCCGAUGAUGAAAAGUCGAGGAACGGGUUCAAUGUCCCUAUCAAGUUCACAUACUCGGGUGAAUACGACUUCGUCUAUCCGUCUUCCUUGGUGGGCAUCUUCCCUGAUAUUCCCCACUGCCACUGUGUGGAGAAUAUAUUCGACCUCCCACCUACGGACGGUUUGGAUUAUCGGCAGGGUCUAAUGGAAGGAGCCAUGCUUAGCGUCUCGGCUCUAGCUGGCUUCCCAAGCCUGGCAACUCUCCCUUACACUGCGACACUGGGCUUCCACGGGGUAAAUGUCUUCCAGCAGGACAGCCGCAACGAGAGUAUGGUCGUCACGCUAUCCGACUCGGCCGUGCGGACUAAAGUCGAGAAUGCCAAACAGAAACUUGGCAAGCGGUGUUAUGUCGGGUACCCAUUCCUCCAAGAAGCCAAGAUCGUCCGUGUCUCUGACGAGUUGUUCGACUUUACCCUGUCAGAAGACGGGUCCGGACAAGUCGUCGUGAAAGACCACUCCAACAGGGAGAUUGAUGACUGGCUGAAGAAUUCCAGGUACUGGGAGGACUUUUACAGCAAGCGUUUGGGCAUCUUAAUCGGAGACGUGGAGUCCAUGGUCCACGUUGAGAUGCUCAAGGGGUUGAUCAAGACCGACGAAGGCGCCACCGUUAAGGAGUUUGGCGAGAUACCGGGCAUGCGGGACUUCUACGCGUCACAGACCAUUGUCGACGACGUCGUCAACGAGGAUGAGCGUUUUACAGAAAGAGCAGCCCUGCCUGUCGAGGAGGAAUUCCCUGUUGGUUCUCACGCCUUCUAUUUGGGGGACGUGGCAUACGGUCGGCCUCUUGCGGUUACUGGCCACAGCGACAAGAAGUUGGACGUCGCAAUCUCCAAGAUGAAGAACAAGGAACCCGACUUUGCGAGGCAGAUCAUUCAAAAGAGCGAGCGUGAGAACAAGUACAUGCCGUCGUAUCAGGUUGCCAAGGAUCUACACCUCCACCCCCUGGCCUUCAGCAAGAUAACCUCAUCGUACCAAGUUCUCAGCGUGGGCGAUCUCAAAGUCAAUCUAGGGCUGAACUUGAAGUUUGAUUCGAAGAAGUUGAAGGUGCUCGGCUUCACCCGCAAGUCCGAGUCGGGCUGGGAGUUCAGCAGGGCGGCGAUCAAGCUGGUCACAGAUUACAUGGUCUUGUUUCCAGACUUCUUUGCCGGGCUGCAGAAGAAUGUGCAGAGUCGGGACGUCCAAGCAACUGAUAUCUGGCCUGAUGAGACCACAGCAACGACCAGAGUCAAGGAAAUUGGUCAGUGGCUGAAGUCAGUUGGGACAAACAGCUUUGUGAAGGUGCCACUGGAAGCUGAACAGCUCGACUCGAAUGUUGUCAUGGAGCUCGCUCAAGCAUCCGAGGCGGCAUUGAACGCUUGUAAAGACACCUCUACGCUGAAUGUCAAGAGUGUGCCGCGUAGCGCGCUUUUGAAGCCUGGGGAUGCAGAGACCCGACUCGGGAACCAGCGGUUCCACUUGGGAGAUCGGAUUGUCUACGCGCAUGAUUCCGGCAAGGUUCCCAUCGCGUCCCGAGGAACCGUAGUCGGCAUCAGCAGGACGGGCAGCCAGAACCUCCUCGAUGUCCUGUUUGACAUAACAUUCAUGAGUGGGACUACGCUGGAUGGGCGCUGCCCUCUUUUCCGCGGCCAGACGGUUUCAUCCUCGUCUGUUCUCAACUUGACGGAUAAACAGGUUGUCAUUGGCUCAAAGGCUGCUAUGGCGCGGGCCCCUCACUCAUCGCUUACCACGCUCGUCGCGAGCGGUGGCUAUGGCGUGCCUGGAGGUAGACAAUUCCGCGACUCUGCGCCUCCUCCGCCGCUGACUGGCUCAUGGCGCGGUGCACUCAAUGGAUCCAACGGCACCGGUCGUGGUCGCGGUGGUCACAACGGCCACCCACCACAACGUGGGACCCUCAACAUCCAGCCAAGCAACCUGGUGUACCGACCCUCGCCGAACCAUAAACCCCAGCAGGAUUACCAGCGAGGCGGGCGCGGAGGUCCCCAGAACGGCGUGGCUCGAGGCGGGCGAGGCGGCAUCCAACGCGGGCGAGGCGGCAAUGGUGCAGCACCAAAUGCUGUCAGCCAAACUGCGCAGCAGCCGUCGUACAACGCCUAUCCACCGCCCGCGGGCUUGGACGGCAACGGUAGAGGCCGUGGCCGUGGAAGAGGAGGGCGCGGGCGAGGAUCCUCGACCCCGCGUGGCAAUAGAGGUAGCGGAAGACCACAGCAGUCACCUGCUGCUGCUCAGAGCUAG